CACACACACACACACACACACACCACAAAUAAAAUAUUCUUUUGUUGGUAAAUUUAUAAAUAACGUAACGUAACUUUCAUAAAUUCCAUUCGUUGAUAAACACUUUCGUCAAUUUACAUGAAAUAAUUUUAUUCGGUUUAUAUCAAAAGAUACAAAAGAUAAAGCAACGUAACGAUCAACUCAUUUACCGAUUCAUUGAUCAUACGCGUUUAUACAUAUUUAUAUACACACGUUUACAUAUGGAGAGAGAUAUUUAUCGUUUCAUUAUAAAUAAAUAAAUAUUAUAAUACAUAUUUCCCCGACAGCAGAAUUUCACCCAAACAGAGAUUUUAGGAACUCUGUUCUAUCUGUUACGGAUUUGCUUUCCUUCUUGCUUCUGAUUUCAGCAUCUGUGUCCCUUUGUUUUAUCACGGCUGGUACAAACUUGCUAUUCUCAUCUCGUCGCGCUCUAUGUAGUUUUCUACUUUGGUCGACGUUGUGCGAAUAGAAGUUUGCCUCUCGUUUUGCCUGUGCAAUUUCAAUUUGUAGCCUUUGUUUACGUACUGCACGUUCAUAAGCCAAACGUUCGCUCAGAUGAAUCCAUUUGAAUCUAAUAAACACGAUACGAUUAAAUUGCAAACUGCCACUUACACGACAGAAAGUGCAAACACCUUUUAAAAACUAUACCGACUAUAACAGACCAUACCUUGGAAGAUAUUUUACGUUCCAAAUAACAUCGUAAAAUUUGCUCCUUUUUCUAGUUGAUAUUUGGGUAUUGUUCAACGUAAGUGCAACGUACUUUGCUAUUUUCUUACUUUCAAAUUCAACCCAACCCUCGGUAAAGAACUUUGUACCAACUUUCUUUCGUUUCUUUGUUCCACCAUUCCGCUCCAGUUCUGUAGGAAAGAAACAGUACAAUGCACAUUCGUUUUAAAAAAAAAAUCUCAUUGUUAAAAGCACGUGCAGGUAAAACCAUUUAGAAAGAAUUUCUAGUUUGUAUGUCAAGUAUCAAAUAGAGGUUAUGUCACGUACACACAACAUCCCUGUGUACAUUUCAAACUUAUUUCAGUACAUUUAUGCGUGAUAACUAACCAUUUUCGGCUAAUUGUAAAUAGAUUCUUCCAACUUUACCGUACGCAGAAAACAAUUCACGAAUUUUCGUGAUAUUCAUGUAUUUAGGUAUGCUAGAUAAAUAUACAAUUCCCCGCUUUCGUUUCUUUACUUUAGCUGUAUCGUUAAAUAUCACACCCUCUGUACUUUCGGUACUUUCCAUUUUUACAACGUUGUUUUUUAAAUCGUCAUUCAUUGGUAUCGAAUUUUUCUAGCUUUCCGACUUUAUUCCACCAGGCUUUAUUCCACUGUACUUACGUUUGAUUUUUCAGCGAGUGAAAAUUAACCCCAUCUCUUGCACGAACAACAAACUAUGCAAGAUAGUCAAACGCCACUCUCUGCUUACUUCCUUAAAACGCUGCAUUUUCUUUUAUUAUAUUUUCGUUUAUUAUUAUUAUUGGACAAUUUUCAGAUUUACGAUUCGACCCGUCUUUCGUUUUUAAUUUAUCGUCAUUUCAAAUUUCACACGAAUACUCUUGAUAACUAACACUCUGUUACAUGCAAUAGUAAUAUACCAUACAAUCACUACAAUACUGGUAAUAUUUUUCAAUAUUCUUCAAUUUAUUUACAAUUUAUUCAUAAACUCGUACGUAGUACGUAUCUUUCAAACUUGUUAUCUUUUUGUCUUUAUUAAUUAUCGUGACAAUUUCCGUUUCCGCAUAAAAUUUAACAAAAAAGAAAAAUGUACAUACACGUAUAUUUAUAUAUAUUAUAUACUUAUAGGUUAUCACAUACGUAUAUAAGGAAAGAUAAAUCAAAAUGCAUAUAUAACGCAACGUAAUGAAAGGCAUAAAAUAUAUCGAUAUAACGUAACUUGGAGCGUAUCGUACACGAGAGAAAUGCAAAAUAGUCGUGGAAUCGAAAAGAGUAAAAUAUCGUCAGUUAGAAUCGAAGGUAGCCUGUUCGACGCGGUAUAGCGCUACUGGUUUGCUCUUCUCGUUGCGCAACGAGAAGCGCGCAGCGUCUCAGUGUGUGCAGAAAGAUACAAGUGCGUUUGUAACAUCAUGUAUCGUUGAGAAACGUCUCAUUUUUCUACCAGCUACGUUACUUUGAUCAAAGUUUUACGGACCGGGUUCCGUACGAAUAAUUCUCCCAUGGAUUAACUUAAUAACAACGAAACAGCGACGGAUGUCCUAGAAUUUUUGGGAAACGUUACUUGGCUGACUUAAACAAAAUGGCGACCAUCUUUUUCUUGGCGGUACUGUUUACUUGACCGUGAACGUUAUGUUUUUUACAGAGUGUGACAUUAAAGGUGUUGUGUAGUCAACUUCUUCACUACCAAUUAAUAUCAGUGUAAUUUGCUAUUUUUAAAAAAUUUUGUGCCGCUUAUCAUUUCCAAAGUCGUCAUUUUCAUAACCGUGCACCGAUAGAAUAAUAGGUAACAAUAACCGAUAAACGCGAACAACACGGCGAACAAUAUCAUUAUACGGGUAUAAUAAUCGUCGCUUCUGCCUCUUCUGAUACCGAUGUAUCUCUAUAUAUCGUCCGGCGAGCUUUUGUCGCACAUCGGUGGAAUUUUAUCUCAUUUCGCCGAUUGAUCGAGGAACGUGGCUAUCAGAAUCGGAAUUGUCUUUUCAUCUUUCUUCCGGUUGCACUAUCCGCUAUCGAUGCUCGUUCGAAUGUUAUCCUUCUAUUUUAAAAGCCUGUGUAAACUUUCACUCGUUUGGAUACGGCGACUUAUUUUCGAGACGUCCUGCAACUGUCCUCUUUGAUACGACGGGGAAAGCGUGUUUGCGAAACAACACACCGCGACAGUGAUUUCCAUCAGCUUAUAGAGAAAAAUGUCCAGUUCGUACAUUAUCGAGCCACGAGAGAGUGGAUCAGGAAAGAAGGACGAUACGUUAAUCAUCAUUGUCAACGACGAUGGUACAAUAUCCGUCGACCAAGAAACAUUGCAGAGUUUGAUCAUGAAUCAGUCCAACGCGAAUGUCAGCGUUGUUAGAGUAGGACAAGCAGAUACAGACGCCGAGAACGGAGAUAUCACGUUAACCGUAGACCCACCCAUGUUCACGUCAGCAGCUACAAUUAAUUCCGGUGGUACAACUUCAGAUGCAAACAGUUUGGUCGACCCUUUCAUGGAAAUGGAUCCAGAACAGUUGGAACGAUUAGAGACAGCUUUACAAAGCGAAGAGGCGAAACAAAUUCUCGGAGAGAAUGUUACAGCGAUGCUAGACAUGUUAACGGUGGAGGAACAACAAAACUCUAUAAGGUACAGCGUUAAAUUGGAUCAUUGCUACACGAGCAGGCUAUCGCCUUCCGAUCCAAAACCGAGGGAUCCGUUGCCUGUUAUCGAUUCACCUACUUCCGACGACGGUUUGCAAUACGCACGUCAACAUUCACCUGCUCCUGGAACAUCGAAAACCUCGUCGUCGUCGUCGCCCAUCGGCGGUGACGUUGAAAAUGCAGUGGCCAUCAAGUCGAAGGUUAUCAGCAAGACUACCAAGGAAGAUCCAACGACGAGGACGAAGAAGAAUUAAUGUCAUCUACGGAAUCGUCGGAUUCAGAGCCACCGUCCGACAAUGAUUCAGACUUUGGUCCGCGAGGUCCCAGGAGAGGUGGUAUAAGAGCUAGAGGCGGUAGAAAAGGACUCACUACCAGAGGAGGAAGCAUGGUAGCCACGCGUAGAAGAGGUUCCAACAAACAAAUGGACAUGGAACAAGUUCGUCGAUUGGACAUGGAAAUGGCCGCUGCUGUGAAUGCUAUGAAGAGUCCAGAAAAAGAUGAAAAAUUGGGAGGAUUUGGCCUCGUUAAAGGUAAAAGACAGCUUAAAACCGCUAUUGGUCGGAAGAAGGAAGAAUUGCAACGAAACGAUUCAUCUUCGACAACGAACCAACAAGAUGUUUCGGUGAAUUUCGACAAACCGUUGCAGACGACAAAUCAAGUUAAAGCGAAUUUAAUCAGUGCUAAUAUGAUCAAGGGUGAUAUGAUUCUUACAAAACCAGGACAGGGUAGAACCAAUCAAAAAGUUACUUUUAUACAGAAACAAGUGCUUAUGAAGCCGAACGACCUUAAAAAUAUCGACGCGAAGAAGCAGAUGAUCCUUCCCAAAGGAAAAUUUCUCAAUCAGACUGGAACGAAAUUUUUCGCAACCAAAGAUGGAAAACUGGUUCAAAUACCCGUCACUGCUAAAGCUAUAACGUCGAACGUACCGGUAACGCAGAUGAAAGGAACGAUGUCGCAAACACAGUUGGCAAAAUUGACGUCGCCUGCUGCUAUUUCAAAAAUAAAAAUUUGCGAUCCGAAGAAAGAAAAAAGAAAACCCGACGGUUCGGAGAAUAUUGCAAAAAUAGAAAUGGAUCCCGGUAAAAUAACGGAGAACAAAGUUUUUGACAGCGCGAAAAAACAUUCGAAGAAAGAAAAUCGUAAAUCACCAGCGUACACAGUGGACACUCUAGGACCUGCUCUUUUUUCAACUCCGGAUAUUAUUCGCCGUGUUGGUACAAACGGCGAUUCGAAAGUUCAAGAGAACGUAGUGACAUCGUUACUUUCUACGACACCGCCUGCGUCUGUUGUCUCUUCCGGGAAUUCCGUUGUUACACAGGUAACACAUUCGUCGUUGUCGUCGUUAUCGUCGUUAUCGACAUCGACAACACCUUCCGCAACAUCGAAUCGUUCAGGUAUCAUUUCUACCUCAUCUGUCGACCGAAUGGCACAUUCUUCCGAAACUGCCGUAGUUGUGGAAAAGAGAGAAAAUAACGAUUGUUUGGUAGAAAACCACGAAGCAGAAUCUAAAUCGGUUAUAAAAUCGAACGUAUCGGAAGAGUUACAGCCAACUUUAGAUUCGGGUGGUAUAGAAGGCGAGGAACAUUUAUUAGCUACAUUGGAAAUGGAAGCCAGUAAACACGAAGAGGAAUUACUAGCCGAGGCAUUGUUGUUGCAAGAAGAGCUCGGCGUCGUUGAUUUGGCUGAACAUGCUACACUUGUCGAACAAAGUGGAAGCGUUGCGACGGAAUCGGUAACCUCGAACAACACGCUAGCUCCUACUUUGAUGGCGUCGGAACGAGAAAGUGGCAAAUCUUUGGAUGCUUCUGCAAGAGUAAUAGUAACGACGACGAAUCCAAUGACGGUUGCAACGACCAGUGCCAGUACAACAAACGUACUUAAAGAGUCAGGGAAAAAGUCUGCGAAAGAGGACAAAGAACCUAUUCAAAUUAUUCGCGGUGGACGAAUAAUCACGUUACCUCCCAUCGAAGCACCAGCUACCAGAAGCAAACGGUUGCAAAUUAAAACUGUCGAACCUGUUCAAAAAACGUUGGAACCUGUCAAACGAAUGGAAAAGUUCGGAAGUUACAGUGCAACGACGCAACAACAAAGGACGUCGCCGCAGCCUGUCAAACUCGAAGUUCACGCAGGUGUGGAUCAAGCUGGAAAGAACGAGAAUGCAGUUCGAAUGGAACAAGAAGACGUAGAGGAGGAAGCUGAAGACGACGAGGCUGAAGAAGACGCGGAUACAGAGAAACGUCGAAAACGGAUUGACGAAGAAGACGAAGAAGAAGGAGGGGGAGAAGAAGAAAGAGUAGGAGAACAAGAAGAAGGAGAAGAAGAAGACGAGGGAGAAGAGGAGGAAGAGGAGGAGGAGGAAGAGGAAGAAGAGGAGGAUAAUUCAGAUUCGGAAGACGAUCCUGACAGACUUUGGUGCAUAUGCAAGCGACCGCAUAACAAUCGUUUCAUGAUUUGUUGCGACGUAUGCGAGGAUUGGUUUCACGGAAAAUGCGUACACGUUAGCAAAGCAAUGGGACAACAAAUGGAGGAAAAAGGAAUCGAAUGGGUUUGUCCAAAUUGCGCCAAGAAGAAGGACGAAGAGAUAAAAGCCAGACUGAAUACUCAAAAUGCUUCUGGAAAGCAACGGAUUCAAUCCGACACUGUAUCUGAAAAUUCGAAAAAUCUUACCUCGGUUAAUCAGGCUUCGUUUGCCGAAGAAACACCAUCCUUGAUACAAUCUGGUUGCGAUUACGGCGCAGUUCAAUAUUCCAGUAACAUGCAGUGCGUCGUUUGUAAAAAAGAAGCCAGAAACUCGAGCAUUUAUUGUUCCGACGCGUGCAUACUCGCGCAUGCUCAAGAAACAUUGACCAAAGACAAGCCAGUAGCUGGAUCAACAACAACGGGUACAAAAGGGGCAAGAUCGACACCAUUUGAUCCUGCUUUGAAGCAGAAAACCGAUGCUCGAGUCAUCGUUUUUGAGAGGAAGACUGGAAAAGUAUUAACUGGUUCGGACGCUCCGACGAGAUCAAAUUUGCGCACGUGGUUAAAAGAACAUCCUACGUUCGAAGUGGUUGGAACGAAUAAUCUCGGUGCACUGCAAAUAGGGAAAACGAUCGCGACUGUUCAAACGCAAACACCUGGUAGAACAGGAAAGGCUGCUGCGAUACUCUCUCCGGCUGGGAAAGGGCAGAAUCUUUCGAAGAUGACAUACGCAAAAGUACCGGGUUCCAAGCAAAUGAUUUUAACAGCGGGAAAUAAAAAAUUUACACUCAUCUCUGCCACAACGACAAAAUUGAUCGCUCAACCGCAACAAACGAAGCAACUGGUGGGUAUUGCUGUAUCGUCGAAGCAAACCGCAUUGACGGCAAAGAAGCAAGAAUCGUCGAAACAGCCAACUGUACAAACGAAACAGCAACAAGUUAAACCAAAUCCACAGAAAAAGCCCGAGACCGAACCCAUACGAUUAAACAUACGGAAAACUUUAACGGAAUUGUUGUCUAGUCGAAUAAAGGAAACCGAAGAUUUGAAACUGACCGACGAAGAGAUAGCGGAUCUGGCUCACAACAUCGAAUUAGAGUUGUACAAGUGUUUCAAAGAUACCGGUGCAAAGUACAAAGCCAAAUACAGAAGUCUGGUAUUCAAUAUAAAAGAUACGAAGAAUCUAACGUUGUUCCGAAAGAUCGCCGAUAAAUCGUUGACACCGGACGCAGUGGUGAGGUUGAGUCCCGACGAAAUGGCUAGUCAAGAACUGGCCGAAUGGAGAGAAAAGGAAACAAAGCAUCAGUUAGAAAUGAUCAAAAAAAACGAAUUAGAUCUAAUGGCUCAAGCUAAGUCGAUCGUCGUGAAAACGCACAAAGGUGAGCAGAUAAUCGAAAAUGACGGCGGUAUCGAUCACGUCGAUCCAAAAACUCCCGUACAAGAUAUCGUGACUGCGUUGAACAGCGCCGAUAUAAGUAUAAGUUCGACGGUGGACGACGGUGGGGAGAAAGAUUCAGAGAAGGGGAUUCUACUCGACGAGGAGAAGUCGAAAGGGAAGGAGGAUGGCUCGAAAAAAUCGAGGAACUUUGACGAUAAGAAGCGAAAGGACAAGGACAAGGACAAGGACAAGGAUAGAGGCGGCAGGGAGAAGGAGAAGGAGAAGGAGCGAGACAAGGAAAAAGAAAGGGGAAGGGAGAGAGAGAGCAGCAAUCGCGGUUCAAAGGGCGCGAGCGAGAGACGGGAGAGGAGCGUCAGUAGGAGCAGACACAAACACGGUAGUAACAGAAAUAACAACGACAGGAACGGAGUAAAACUAGAGAAAAGAGCAGAGAGAAGAAGUCUCGAGGUAAAGAAGGGAAACACGAACGAGAGAAAGAACGGGAUCGCGAAAGAGAUCGAGAACGAUCGAGAAUCCGAGAUCGGGAGAAAUUGA